AGCACGCCGAGACGCUAUACAUUUUCGCUCGAUUUCUCAGUCUGCGACGCAGCCAGCGUUGUCACCUUCUUUUGCGCUUACUUAUCAUCGCUUAGGUGGGAUUUCGGGCCGUUUUUGAGCUCUGUAGCCGUCCUAAUGAGCAGCAAUGGAUCUCUGCAGCCGCCACUAAUUUUCACAUCACUCCCGCGACCUCCAGUUACUACGGCGGCUAUCGGGGCGGUCUCGUCCUCGAAUCUGUCUCCAGCUCCGUCUUCAUCGACUGCGUCCUUCUCGCCGUACGCCAAAAGCCCCCUUCCAAGCGGUAGACGUGUCGCCAUGGAGGGUAAAAGCCUCUUUACAUGCCACCUGUGCGGUGCGCUGCUUAAAUUCCAGUACAGCCCUGUGUCUAUUGAAGAAAAGAUAAUGAAGUUACGUUCUGUUGCCUAUGAGCACCCGGCGGAGCCGUGCGAGCAGAGAGACAGCAAAGCGGACGAAGACGAUGACGAAGACCAAAUGCCCCGACUCACCGAGGGAUCUGACAAGGGGGAAACUACAGACGCAGACGAAGAAGAAGCAACACAGGCAGCCAGGAACUCACUAAACCAGCAACAGCAGCAGAAAAAUUCAGCUGUCGUCCCCGAGGUUGUAUGGGAACGGCAGCGGCUAGACAACCGCGAAGACGUAGUGGUCUGGGUCCCUUCGAUAUUCGAUCUUAUGGAUGGGAUUGCGCCGUUCACGAGCUGCAAUCGAGGAGAUAUUGGACAGAAUAUUGCAGAUGUUGUGCCUACGCGACUGCUGAAUAAGCCUCACUUGUGGAUUUCCGACUGGGGAAUAGAUUAUUCCCUUCCGAACUGUGACGAGGACGGAUGGGUAUACGCCGCGUCAUACGCUGAUUUCGGUAGAAUGGAGGAACCCUCUUUGCUGGAUCGACGAGUGCGACAAAGGCGUCUGAUCCGCAAACGCCGUAUGGACAGCAGCGACCUCAGUUGGUUUCAGGAAUUGCUCGACUGCAGGCACGUGGAUCUUACGCUCCUUCUUAAAAAGAGACUGCCAACUUGUCAUGAUUGCGAGGCCACAGUACUCGACCGAUUUACUCUGUGCCUGGAGGAUGAUCGAGACCAGUACGAGCGUUUUUUUACCGAGUUUGCCGACGAAGAGCGGGCUUCAGCUCGAGCUUUUAGUGAAGAUGGCGACUACGAUGCCGACGAGUGGCAGUAUGACCCCGAGCUUCGAGCUUUAGAGGAGGAAGAGCGACGACUAAAGGCCGAAUUGGAGGCUAUCGAAGAUGAGACUGUACAAGUGACCGCAAAGAGACGCGAACUUUGGUCUACUGGAAUGGACCUCGAGCAGUUGAUCCACGGCACUUUCGCUGAAGGGGCGUUCCUGCAGCAUUUGUUGGGGUUGAGUCGAGACGAGCGUCAGUCUGUCAGUGUAUUCGCCGUGCAUGCAUCAGAUAUGCUGCGACGUCUUCAGCGCUACAAUGUAUGCAAUGACGUCUUCCACAUCUGGCACGAUGGUCUCUUCGGUACGAUCAACGGACUGCGACUCGGCCGGUUGCCUUCGAAGCCAGUGGAGUGGGUGGAAAUCAACGCCGCAUUGGGCCAAGUAGUGCUCUUACUUGCAACCAUUGCAGAUCGUGCGAACUUUGAAUUUUCUCGCAACCGUCUGGUGCCGCGAGGCAGCUUCUCUCGAGUGGUUAACAUGUAUGGCAAGGAGUACAGUCUGUACAGCGAUGGCGGCAUGUUCCGUCGCCGUGGCUUUAAUCAAGCCAUGAUCCUUUUUCUCGAGUGCGUGGAGGACGCAGGUCGUCGCGCUAUGAAAGAAGAACCGUCUCUUAAGUUCCCGUACAAAGUGGAGCGCGGUAAGAUCGGAGGCCUGCCGAUUUCACUUGGUAAUGACGAGCAGUGGACUCGAGCGCUCAAGUACAUGCUCACGCACCUCAAGUGGCUUCUGGCUUGGAUUUCCAAGCGCUACUGA